AGGUACUAUGGCAAUUUAUUCAUUUACAUGUAGGAUUGUUAAAAGUGCUGCUCCAUUUAGAUAAAUUUCAUAACAAUCUCAGAUUCCUGUUGUACUCCAAAUACUGAAGAUAUAAUUGCAUUCAUCCAUAAUAAUUUUAUGAGAAAACAUAUAUUUAUAAAAAAGUUAGCUAAAAUAAGAGGUAAAGUCUAUUUUCUAAAAAAAAGGCCAAAGUUGGCCUGCUUAAUGGGACAUGAAAAAAACUAUUUGGCCUCAUUAAAAUAUUACCAACUAAAUUAGUGAACUUAAUUAAAUGACAUCAAGUUAUCAAAAUGCCAUGCGACAAAUAAGACAGUACAUUCUCUAGAGUGAUGUAGUAAUCGUGGCAACUCAACAUCAGUUUGCAAGUUUUUUUUUAAAUCAGUAUAAAUUUGUGGUAGUGACUGCAACAUCACUGCUGAUCAAUCUCUUUGUUUAGCGAAUAUAUGCAAAGUAAUCUGUAGGCUUUUUAGGAUAUAGAAAGACUGAGAGGAGUAUUUAGAGGUACAUCAUAUGACAUUAUAAACCUCUAAUUGUCUAAACUUUUAUUAAAAUUUAAAUGCCUCCAGGAAAGAUGAAAAAUGUGCAAUGGUAAUUAUUAAAAAUUCAAGAAACUCACCAUUUUUGGAUAUCCUUAUUCAUAUUUCACAUGGAUUGUACACUAUAGAACUUAUUACUCAAUGAAAAGCCAUUCAUCCUAGUAUUGCUUUCUGCCACUGUUAAUAUCAGAAUUCUGAGAGGCAGUUGGUUGAGGCAUUUUAGGAUGUACUAGAUAUUGUAACUACUAUAAAAUCUUGAUGCCUUCAUCAACUCCUAUAUUUUUUCAAAACAAAAUAUGGCAUAAUUUUAGACCCAUAACAAGUUUAGAAUUGUUCCAAAAUGUAGGUAAGCAUGAUAAUGCAUAUGAAGUUUUUCAUAAGUUUUGAUGAAUAUACCAGGAAUAUGAUGUUUCUAAUCCUGAUGACAAGAAUGAUAGUGAAGCUGGUUUUGCAAUAGCAGUGAGAGAGUAAUGGUUGUAAUCACUGUCACAUGUUACCUAUUAUUUUGGGACUUACAAGGGCAUGGAAGCCUGAAAUCACCAGAGUUGUUCCUUUCCUUUUGCUACUGAGGACAUUCCUUUGAGAACGUACAAUAUGGAAAAUACACAGCAUGCCUAUGAUGAAGAAUACGAGUGCAGACUAUGACUACUCGUGAGAGAAAAGUUACAUCUAGGUGGUAAACAAUGAGUAAGAUUUAUACAAAAUGUUUAUUUUUCCUUAAUUUUAUCUUAUUGUAAACAUCAUUUCUGCUUCAGAGAAACAGAAUGGUGAGACAACUGAGAAUAAAGAUGUUUUAUUGAUGUUAUUAAUAUUUUUGAGAUUAUCUCUAUAUUGAUUUAAUACCCUUUGAUGCACACACUUUGAUUUUUAGAGAGAAACUCGUCUAAGAUAUGAUCUGUGAAAAUCACACCAGGGUCACUGAAUUUAUUCUUCUUGGUUUUACAAACAACCCCGAGAUGCAAGUUUCCCUCUUUAUUUUGUUCCUGGCCAUUUAUACAGUCACUUUGUUGGGCAACUUUCUUAUUGUCACAGUUACCAGUGUGGAUCCCGCACUUCAAACACCCAUGUACUUCUUUCUUCGAAAUCUAUCACUUCUUGAAGUAUGUUUCACCUUGGUUAUGGUGCCAAAGAUGCUUGUAGAUCUAGUGUCCCCAAGAAAAAUCAUCUCUUUUGUGGGCUGUGGUACCCAGAUGUACUUCUUCUUCUUAUUUGGCAGUUCUGAAUGUUUCCUUCUCUCCAUGAUGGCUUAUGAUCGCUUUGUGGCCAUCUGUAACCCUCUCCGUUAUUCAGUCAUAAUGAACAGGUCCCUAUGCUGGUGGAUGGCCAUGGGUUCUUGGAUGUCCGGUGUUCCUGUGUCUAUGCUACAGACGGCUUGGAUGAUGGCCCUGCCUUUCUGUGGACCAAAUGCCGUGGACCACUUUUUCUGUGAUGGUCCCCCAGUGUUAAAACUAGUCACAGUGGAUACAACCAUGUAUGAAAUGCAAGCACUUGCCUCCACACUCCUGUUUAUCAUGUUUCCCUUUUCUCUCAUUUUGGUUUCCUACACCCGCAUUAUCAUAACAAUUCUGAGGAUGUCCUCUGCCACUGGUCGCCAGAAGGCAUUUUCUACUUGUUCCUCACACCUCAUUGUGGUGUCUCUCUUCUAUGGAACAGCCAGUCUGACCUACCUGAGGCCCAAAUCAAACCAGUCUCCUGAGAGCAAGAAGCUAGUGUCAUUGUCCUACACUGUCAUCACACCUAUGCUAAACCCCAUCAUCUACAGCCUGAGGAACAAUGAAGUGAAAGGGGCUGCCAAGAGGACAAUCACUCAAAAAGUCUUACAGAAGUUAGAUGUGUUUUGA